GGGGACUUCAGUGAAGGUAAUGGAAAAGGAGGCGAAUCUAUUUAUGGUGGCUAUUUUAACGAGAAUGUGGUCUUUUGCAAAAUGAAAAGGUAAGAGACAAAAGCUCAGUAACACAAAUUCAAACUCUGUUCCCUUUUACCCUCCCUAGUAAAUAUAUAGACAACUGAUACAUCCCUUUGUAGAUGGGUAUCUGUGUUGCUUGGAGAAAUGAAGAGUUCUGUGUCUAACCUUUCUGAGGGUUAAUGACUUAUUCUGAGAAAGAAUCCUGGUAUAAUUUCCAGCUCUAAACAGUUAUUUCUUCUUUUGUUAAUGUCCCUUUUCCUCCCCUUCCCUAUUCAAGGUUUGUAUGCCUACUGUUCCUUUCUAAAAGUGUUUGAAGUUGUUUACAUGCUACACAAAUUAGUUUGCUUGCAAAGAGCUUGUAAAUAAAUAAAUGUACAUUUACCUCUUUGGAAAAAUCUGUUGUUGGAAGGAAAAUGGUGAGUUUAUAAAGCAUUCCUUUAAAGACAUACAAUUCUUUCUUGCAAGAAAGCCGGUAGUUACUGUGGUAUUGAAAUGUUAAUAAAGGCACAAUAUGUGUUUAUGUAACAGCCCCUGGUUCUGUUUGUUUUGUUCUGCCUGCUUAAGUGCAUGCCGUUAAGUUUGUCUUAAACAGAGACCUAGUUUGGAGUUGGAGAAUUACAGCCUUUAGUCAAAAGAAAAGUCUCAUAUAGGUCCAUUUGCUAAGAUGUAACCGGGGUUUGCUUCUGAAGGUGGUGAGUGCUAAACAUGCAGCUUUGUGGUUUGAUACGUAACCUUAGAAGUAAUGGGCUCAUACACCAAAUUGGGCUGGGUUUUGUUUGGAAAAUGAACUUCAGAUCUAGUUUUAUAUUUAAGCUGUACAACCAGAAGUCCUCUUUAAUUCACUGGGAUACAAAAUGCAUGUUUAGUUGACUCUAAAUUAAUGUUGUACUUGGCUUGCAGGAAGAACGUGUUCUUUGGUUGCUCAGCCAGGUGUCUGGGUUUUAUUUCCCCUUGUGUGUUUUGAGACUUCCAGUUUUGAAUGGAGAGGUGGCUAAACAUGCCCUACCAGGGAAAUGCCUUUGUCCUUAGAUCUUUCUGCCUCAGGUGCAUGCUGUGUAAAUAACAGGAUCAUGUGUGUUAAACCUUGCUUUAGGAUGUCAGUAAAUCUGCCUCUCUCCUUGCUCAGAAAACGCUGGAUUUAAAUCCAGGCCUGUGAGAAUCUAAUGUUUAUUGAAGGCACUACUCAUGACUUCAUUAGAAAUGUUUGGCUUGUGUCUGAAACUUUUUCUUCAAGAAAGAAUGUUUUCUGUCUCAUAACUGCAUCUCCUGUCACUUUUGGAGGGGUUUGUCUCAAUGUGAUUUUGGGGGCUUCCAACCUGUUGAUGUUUCUUCAGCAGCCGCAGCGCUUCUCUUCCUCAUAGCGCACCCCUAAGUUGCUAAGAAAAUGAGACUUGUGUUCCUCGCCCAGGAAGACUCUGACAAACGUGUUUUUUCUUCAAACAGAUGAAAACUUUAUUCUCAAACAUGACAGAGCGUUCCUUUUGUCAAUGGCAAACCGAGGGAAACAUACCAAUGGUUCCCAAUUUUUCAUAACAACAAAACCUGCUCCUCACCUCGACGGUGUUCAUGUUGUCUUUGGACUGGUUAUUUCUGGAUUUGAAGUCAUAGAGCAAAUAGAAAACCUGAAAACUGAUACAGCAAGUAGGCCCUAUGCAGAUGUGCGAGUUAUUGACUGUGGGGUGCUUGUUACCAAGUCAGCCAAAGAUGCUUUGGAGAAGAAGAGGAAAGUAUGCUCUGAGUCAGAAGCUUCAGACUCCUCCUCCAGUGCAUCAAGCUCUUCAGAAACCUCAUCUGAAAGCGAGGAUGAAAAUGAAAGAAGCAGAAGGAGGAAACGUAAGAGAAGAGCUAAGGCCAAACAGUCGAAAAAACGAAGGAAGGAAGAGAGGAAGAAAGAGGACCCAAGGAGCAAGCGAACCUCAAGCCAAAGACGCAGCCUUUCUGACAAGAGUGAUACAGCAGAAAAAGCAGCUGAUGUUAGUGCAAAGAGGGACAAGCCUGUGGUACGUCCUGAAGAAAUUCCCCCAGUGCCUGAAAACAGAUUUUUGCUCAGAAGAGAUGUGCCUGUUGUCAAUGUGGAACCUGAACCGAAGCUUCUUGAUGCUGCACCAGUUCUCAGUGAGCAGAAACCCUCAGUCUCUAAAUCUGGACGAAAAAUUAAAGGAAGAGGCACAAUACGCUAUCACACCCCACCUCGAUCACGGUCCUGUUCCGAAUCCGAUGACGAUGAGAGCAGUGAGACCCCUCCUCACUGGAAAGAGGAGAUGCAGAGACUACGAACAUACAGACCUCCAAGUGGGGAGAAGUGGAGCAAAGGAGAUAAGUUGAGUGACCCAUGUACAAGCAGGUGGGAUGAAAGAAGUGCGUCCCGGAGAUCAAGGUCUUGGUCACAUAAUGGUUAUUCUGAUCUAAGUACUGUAAGAUAUUCUAGCCAUCAUAAAAAGCAUAGAAAAGAGAAAAAGAAGGUGAAACACAAAAAGAAAUCUAAAAAGCAGAAGCACUUCAAGAAGCACAAACAAACAAAAAAGAAGAAAACCUCAGCCUCAUCAGAUGUGGAAUCCUCUCAUUCCUUCCACCGGAGGACAAAGUCAUCUUGUGAUCGUGAGAGGAAGUCUCGUUCUUCUUCAUCAUCUUCUAGACAUUCAUCCAAAAGAGACUGGUCUAAAUCUGAUAAAGAUGACCGGAGCUCAUCAACUGUAUCAAGCAGAGGGACUCGGUCAUACUACAGGUCCAGAUCCAGAUCUAGGUCUAAAUCAAGAUCUUAUUCCCGAAGAAGUUCUAGGUCAAGAUCAGCCUCUAAAUCAUCACAUUCUCGAAACAGGUCAAGGUCAAGUUCUAACUCCAGGCAUCAAAAGACAGUUUCCAAUUCCCCACGAAAUAUUUCGACACGAUUGACUGAAAAUAAGUUGAACAAGGCUGUUGAGCCUGUGAGAGCAGUUAUCCUCCCCAGUGAUAAAGUGGUUGUAGCACCGGUUGUCCCAGAAAACCUCCCUGUUAUACCCUUAAGCGACAGUCCACCGCCUUCAAGGUGGAAACCUGGGCAGAAACCAUGGAAACCGUCCUAUGAGCGAAUUCAGGAGAUGAAAGCUAAAACAACCCACUUAAUACCCACACAAGCUAGUUACAGUUUAGUAGUGGUUAAAGAGGCUAACACUUCUUCCUCCUAUCGUAAGCGACAGAGGAGUUCAGAUAGCGACCGAAGCAGUUACUCCAAGUAUCGUAGCUCAGAUAGUUGCCCAAGAUCAAGAAGCAGAUCGUCUCGAAGUAGGUCAUACUCCAGAUCUUACUCGAGGUCUAGAAGUCCAUCUAGCUCUAGGACAAAAUCUCAUUCUUCUGGCAGAUCACCAUCACCGAGUAAAUACCACAGUGACAGGUCAGGGUAUAGCGAGUCAACAUCUUGCUGUUCCCUUAGUGAUGAUGAUAGGCGCAGAAAGAAACGAAAAUCCCCCCCGAGUGACCAGAAAGCUCGGCCUCUGAAACUGAAGCAAGAGACAAGCUCUGAAAGUACGCUCCCUUAUAAGUGUAUGAAAGACUACGAUGAGUCCUCCCAAGGCCUGAAGGAGAGUGACAGCUUAUCAUCUUCAAACUUCUCUACUGACAGUGAGCGUUCCGCCAAAGCGAAAGUGCUCCAAGAGAAAGAAGGCCGCUUGCAAUUAGAGGGAGAUGCUCAGAAGCAGGAUAAAAAUAGCUUAAGUUCGGAGCGAAGGGAGGAGAAGUCCAGGCACGAGCGGGAUUCUGAGCAGGCCAAAAAGAAAGCAGCCAAGGAGAAGCCUUCUGAGCAGCCUAGGAGUGGUGCAAACACAAAACGAAAAUCCUACUCAGGCAGUAAAUGGGACUCUGAAUCAAAUUCUGAAAGAGGAGAGGCAAGGUGUAACAGGGUGGAUUCCAGGCCUCCCUCUAGUAAAGAAGAAGGAGAGGCCUCGUCAGGAUCUGAUACAGAGCGUAGUGUGGAGAAAAGGAUCAAAAAACAAUCCAAUUCGUCAGAAGGCUUUCUGGACUCUGACUGUGCAUUGAAGGCAAGCAAACACUUGUCGUCAUCUGAACCUGAGAGCUCUUGCUCUAGCUCAACAAACAUCAGAGGGAAGUCAAAAAAACACAAACAUGGGUCAAAGAAAACGCUUAAAAAAGCACAUUCCAAAAAAGCAAAGGAAAAAUCGAAAGGGAAAAAGGAGAGGAAACACAAAGUUCAGAAAAGAAAGGAGAUGUUCCAUUGGCAGCCCCCCCUGGAGUUUGGUGAAGAAGAUGAUGAUGAUGAUAUCGAUGAAAAGCCGGUUACCAAGGAUGAUAAAAAGGAAAAGCAGCUUAGCAGGGACAUAAAGGAUAAAACACAAGCUCAUGAAAAGGAUGAAACAGUCAAAGAUAAAAUGGGAAACGGUGAGAAGUCUUCUCUGGAUGCAAACCUUUUAGGGAAGAGCAGUACGUGUGAUGCCUCGCCAGAUCUCGGUAUCCUUAGCAAAGACAGCGCUGAGACAAACUCUUCAGCCAGCAUUUUAAACUCAGGGAUAAAUGUGACCACUGGCAAGGGUGAGGUGAAACAAGCAGAAGAGAGUAACGAGAACGGCUUGGAAGAUGUCAUUCAAACAGAUGACAACAUGGAGAUUUGUACUCCAGAUCGUAACUCACCAGGCAAAGCUGAUGUGGACAUUCUGUCUCCUGUCAUUCUCACCGCUAAACCUCAGGAUUUAAGUGCUGGUGUAAGCAAAGAGCUACAGAUUGAGCCCCCUGAACAAGAGACUGUCAAACUAGGAGCCAAUAGUAUAGACAUUGUCGGCAUUACAGAAGAAAAAGAAACAGGAAGGCAAGAAAAUAACCCUGUCUCUGUGUCUAGUGCUAAAGACUGUAGUGUGAAAAGUGAAAUUACUGAGAAUGCACAAAGCAAUGUGGUAGAUAAUAAAUGGAAGCCUUUGCAGGGUGUUGGUAACUUACAGCCAGCAGCAAUCAGUCCUGCUGCAGAAGUUAAGAACGUAACCUCAGCACCAGAGCCUAAGCCAGCAGGUUUAAGAAUUGAAAUAAAAGCUAAAAACAAAGUGAGGCCUGGGUCUCUGUUCGAUGAAGUCAGAAAAACAGCCCGGCUAAACAGGAGGCCGAGGAACCAAGAAAGCUCCAGCGAGGAGGAGUCUCCAAGUCGUGGUGACAAGAGCCCCUCCCGGAGCCUCAGUAGGUCACGAAGUAAAUCCGAGUCUAAGUCCAGGCACAGAACGAGGUCCAUAUCUUACAGUCACUCCAGAAGCCGAUCCCGAAGCUCUACAUACUCGUAUAGGUCAAGAAGCUACACAAGAAGCCGCAGCAGAGGGUGGUACAGUAGAGAUCGGUCAAGAAGUCGAAGUAGCUCUUACCACAGUUACAAGAGUCGAAGUCGAACCUACAGCAGAAGCAGAUCCAGAAGUAGUUCUUGUGGUCAUCACAGCCGAUCCAGUAGGUCUUACACAUAUGACAGUUACUACAGCAGAAGCCGAAGUAGAAGUAAAAGGAGUGACAGCUACCGAAGAUCCAGAAGCUAUGACAGGAGGUGCAGAUCUUCAGGCUCUGACAGCGAAAGCGAUCGCAGCUACUCCAACAACCGAAGCCCCAGUGAAAGCAGCAGAUACAGCUGAAAGCAUUUCUUUGAUGUUGGAAACUCUAUUUAGGACUUCCUUUUCUUCCCCCCUCCCCCCCCCCCCAAUGUUAAUGUUAACCAAAAACUGUUUUGACAGUGUCACAAGUGAAGUUGGAGGGUGUUUACUGAGCUGAAGCUACCAUUUAACAGCAAACUCGCUCGACUCUGUGCUGGGAGAGAGAAGCACUGAGCUCAACUCAACUGAGCUCAACUCAACUGAGCUCAACUCAACUGAUUUCUUUUCUAGUUCUUUUUUUUAAUGUCAAAUGCUACUUUUACAAAAUAAAAGAAAAGGAAAAAAAAGAAGAAGAAGAAGAAAAAGAAAAA